GUGCCUGCACCAGCUUGAAGAGCAUUCUCAGGACCCGCAAGACGGCUGCAACAGCCACUGGCAAGUUGUCGGCCACAGGAAAGCGCAACCUGGCCGUGGCGGAAGCAAAAUGGAAGAAGAAGGGCUUGAACAUGUGGUCCGAGUACAUCGCUGUGGACAUUGCCGCUUCCCCUUCGAGGCCCAACAGCAUGAACAAUUGCUUGCCCUGCCUGACUUCGUGCCGAGCUGCGUGGGGCCCUCCUUUCAUUACGAAGCUGGGACGCCAGUUGAGUACGAGUGAGCUCUUGCGAGCACAAGGCUUCGACCCCGAGAUUGUCGGCUGCAACAGCCAUCUGUCCAAGCGGCAGCUUGGGGCUGCAAUCGGAAAUGCAAUCACUUUGCCCGUCCUGAGGCAGAUCCUCGCUAAGAUUUUCGAGGCGAUGUCGUAG